GCUCCCUUCACGCGCUGCAGUCGUUCGCGUUUCCUGUACGCAAGAAGCAUCGCGCGCUGUUGGGAGAGCGAACGGUUCCUCGAAGAGAAGUUACGGUGCGUCGCAGAGCAGUUAGGCGAGACUAGAUAUGUGAUUAUAGCGGACAGAAAAUUACGCGACGUUUCUUUGGGAUAUUCUGUUAGCCUUUGCCAGGAAUUGACGUGUCUUUGUAGUAACGUAACUGCACUUCGCAAUGUCCCGAGUUGCGGAUUUGUCAAAACUUCGCCAGGAACGGAUGAGGGAGAUCACUCUACGGAAUAAGGAGAAGGAGAGGAUGAGGGAGCGUGAGCGGGAGGCCAGGGAGAGAGAGGCCCGCUACAGUAAUGGGCAUCUGUUCAACACCCUCACCGUGAGUGGAACCACACUCUGCUCUGCCUGCAACAAGAGCAUCACGGCCAAGGAGGCCCUCAGCUGCCCCACCUGCAAUGUCACCAUCCACAAUCGCUGCCGAGACACCCUGCCCAACUGUGUCAAGAUGAAACAGCGGCAGCAGAAGCUGGCUCUGGUGCGGAACACCUCGGCCUACAGUGGAACGGUUACGCUUCGGAACAAAACACACUUGAAAGAGCGGCCUAGCUCGGCCAUCUACCCGUCCGACAGCCUCCGCCAAUCUCUGCUCGGCCCUCGCCGUGGGCGGUCUUCCAUCCUGCUCUCCAAGAGUGUGUCCACCAAUAAUAUUGCAGGAACACUGAAUGACGACUCUCCCUUGGGGCUACGAAGGAUCUUGUCUCAAUCCACAGACUCUCUAAACUUCAGGAGUAGGACCAUGUCUAUGGAAUCAUUAAACGAUGAGGGAGAGCUUUUCUACGCCACCAUGCUGGACGAGCUAGAGAUUGAGGGUCGGGACUUUCAGGCCGACUCCUGGAGCAUGGCCGUGGACUCCGCCUACCUACAAGCCCACCGCAAAGAUGUCAUCAAGAGGCAAGACGUCAUCUACGAGCUGAUCCAGACGGAGCUGCACCAUGUGCGCACACUGCGGAUCAUGGAUGGUGUGUUCCGCCGGGGCAUGCUGGAGGAGGUGCGGCUGGACCAGGGCGUGGUGCACGCCCUCUUCCCCUGCCUGGAGCGUCUGCUGGCGCUUCACACCCGCUUCCUCACCCAGCUGCUUGCCCGACGACAGCACUGCCUGCAACAGGCCGGCACACGCAACUUUGCCAUCCACCACCUCAGUGACAUCCUCCUCCAGCAGUUCUCAGGUCAGUGCGCUGAUGAGAUGAGGAAGGCCUAUGCUGAGUUCUGCAGUCGACACUUAAAGGCUGUUAAACUGUACAAAGAGCUACUGGCCCGAGACAAGAGGUUCCAGUAUUUCAUACGGAGGGUAAGCAAAGGUCCUUUGUUACGUCGUCAUGGUUUCCCAGAGUGCACCCUGCUGGUCACUCAGCGCAUCACUAAAUACCCUGUCCUGGUCCAGCGCAUCCUUGACAACACCAAGGACAGCCCGGACGAGGUGGCGGGGCUGGCGCACGCCCUGGCCCUCAUACGGGAACUGCUGAGCGCCGUGGACCAACAGGUUAUGGAACUGGAGUGCACGCAGCGGUUGCAGGAGAUCCGCGCCAGGCUGGACGCACGUGCCGAGGCCAAACUGCGCUCUGGCGCCCUCUUCAGGCCUGCUGAGCUGUUGCGCAGGCAGCUCAUCUACGAGGGCACACUGCUGUUGAAGACACCCAGCUCCAGGCUCAAAGAUAUUCAAAUUCUACUAAUGACUGAUAUAUUAGUCUUCCUUCAGGAGAAAGAUCAGAGAUACAUAUUUGCCAGUUUGGAUAAGUCUGCAGUGGUCUCCCUGCAGCACCUCUUGGUGAGAGACAUAGCCAACCAGGAGCGAGGACUGUUCCUCAUCAGCAGUGAGUUCGGCCCACCAGAGAUGUACGAGCUCCAUGCUGCUUCCAAAGAUGACAGAAACACCUGGAUACGACACAUACAGCUGGCUGUCAGCAGCUGUCCCUCCAGGGAGGAGUUCCCACUCAUCGAAACGGAGGAUAAGGCUUUGUUGCGGAGACUGAAAGCCGACAUCCAGCAGAAGGACAGGGAGGUGCUGGAGCUGCUCCAGGAGCGCGUCACCCUGUUCUCGGACCUCGCCGAGGUCAUGGGAGGUCACGAGGUCAUGCCACCUCCCAACUCCAGGAACUUGUUCCGCGCCGACACACCUCAGGCGCCACGAGGGGAACAACUGCUCACUCAGGCUGUCUCCGAGGUGGACAGGCUGACCGAGCUGUUGUUGGGAUCCUGCCUCGAAGUUCCCAUAUCCCGCAGUCUCAAUGGCCUUCACAAUCACACAGGGGCGCUACUUAUCAAUGGACAAGAGCUGCUAGUUAACGGCACCCAGGAGACAGCAGCUUCUCAGGAUGGGAAUGGGAAUGAAAUGGAGGACAGGACACCGAGUGAGGAGGUAUCCCAGAGGUUGGUGAAUCUCAGUGCUCAACUCCACGCUCUGCAGGGCGCAGUGAUUCGGCAGGACUCGGUCUUAGAAUUCUACCUACAUGAGACCUCCAUGUCCCUGGCAGCGUGUGGGACCAGGACCACACGCUCACUGUCCCGCGAUGGAGUCGGCGAAGUGGGCUCGGUCGGUGAGCUAGCCCUGCUACAGAGGCAGCACAGUCUCCUCCAGGAGGAGCUUGUCCGCCUGAGAGUGGCAGAAUGCAGGCUGAAGGACAGCGAAAAGGCAAGAGUCCAACUCGAGAAACAAUUAAGAGACCUGAAGUCCAGCAGCACUGCCCUGGGGGAAAGUACGGGAACUGCAACCUCACAGGCCCCUUCCCAUCGCAAAGAGAGCGAGACUGACCUAAACACGGACACACCACUGGCUAGCCAGGCAUCUAUGGACCAAUCAGACUGCCCGCAGGACGGCAGCGACAUAGAUGUAGAUGUGAUCUCUGAUGAUGACGACGAUGAUGACGACGAUUUGAAGGUGUCCCCUCGUUCAGAAAGCCCGAGAGAUCUGCAAGACAUUCCAGAGGAGGGCGAGUCAGCCUCAGAAUCCCGGGAGCGAGACGUCUCGCACUGCUGAUGGUCUGCCUACACCUGCAACUUGGAAGUUGCCUUUGGUCUAUCUUAAUAGACCUGUCCAAAAUCUGCUGAACCACAAGACAUGAGCAAGUCUUCCUCCAAUUUCCAAAGGAAGAACCUAUAGCUAUUGAUAUUACAUUAAUCAUAUGUAUAUUUGAUUGUCAAGUGAUUUUCUUUUUUUAAUAGCUCUUCUGUGACAAUAUUUGACUUUGUAUUAUUUGACAUUUGUUUGUUUCUUUGGAAUACAGUUUUUUGGCAUUUUGACGUGAGUGGGGACCGAUAAGACUGUCAGAGAAGUAUGAUUGACAACAGGCUUGUAAGAGUGACGGGACAUAUGAUGAAACUAUACACUUCAUAUUGCAUGAAAUGUACAGUGCUAUCAUACGAACACACAAAGCAGCCAAACCUGAUAUUUGCUAAUGGAACGGAAUGAACCGAAGUUUCAGCAUGUACCAAGUAAAGGCAUAGUGACCAUGCACUGUCUCAGAGGUUGUGAUUUCUGCCACAUCUAGACCUCACUCUUCAGUAAUGGUGAAAGUCUUGUGUGUCACAAACAUUUUGCUGUAGGAACUGAAAUGUAAUGUUUUUUCAUUGCUCAUUCAAUUUAUUUAUUCUUCUUUCACUAAAGUAGAAAGGUUGACAAGCUUUCAAACAUUUUCAAGAAAAACAUACAAGGGGCAGGAACAAAUGCAACAGAUCCUUGAACCAAACGUAUGUACUGCACUUAAAGUACAAAACAAAAAAUGCAAACCUGUUUGCAGUGAGGAAAAGCACACGUUUCCAUACACUAAUGGAGUUACAGCUGUCCAGAGGCAUAAGGACUCACUACGGUGUAGAUAUUUUGCUGGUCGUUUUACACCCUGAACACAGGCGCAUUCAUAUGUUUACAUUUCAUUUGCUAUUUUUAGCUUGUAUAUACAAGAAUUAUUUGCUAAAAUGACCUCAUUGUCAAAACCCUUGCUGAUUUACUUCCAUGGUUAUUUCAGGGUUUUUUCUUGUAUUCUGUGCUGGUUCAAAUGUUUGACUUUGAGUUUCCAAUUGUAUAAUUUGCUGCUUGGUCUGCAUCAGAAUAGAUAAUCUAUCUUAAAAUGUGAUUUCAGGAAGAAAAUGCAGGAAUUGUCAGUUUGUAGACAGAUUCUUCCUAUUUUGAAAGUAAGCACAAUGUAUCUAUUUACCUACAAAUGAAAGAGUUUGUAUAGAAACUGAAGAAAUAUUGACAUGAUUAAAUAUUUUUAAAAAACUAUUAUAACUCAAAAAAUAUUGUUACAUAUUUCAGAAUUAAAGAUGUUGUACUAUUGGAUAAAUACAAUUCACCUAUAAAUGG